UUUGAAACGUUUCCUCUCCAGAAUGUUGUGGAAAAGUGAAAACAGCCAGGUCAGUCUGAAACAAGUAACUUAGCUAGUCAGACAGCCUGUAGCUUGGACUUACUUUUCUCUAAAGUGCGAUAUUUAGCAUUGCGAUGUCUGGUCACGGCCAUGGUCAUGGUGGGCACAGCCAUCGCUGCUGUGAAGACGAGCACGAGCCAGCGGAACGAGGCCUGGAGUAUGCACUGUAUCAGCGCAUUGACAUCGAGAAACUGCAAUGUCUCAACGAAACAAGAGAAGGCGAUGGGAAACUCGUGUUUAAACCAUGGGAUCAACGGACAGACAGGGAGAAGGUAAUGUUAUCGACUCCUUGAGUGUAUAGUACGUCAUCUGAAUGUAAAAAUUUUUGAGGGUGUAGAAGCCCUGAAUUCUCGUCUGAAAUUAUUAAACUCAGUUGUGACAGCUGCCAUUUUGGCUCUUCGGUAUAUCAAACAUUGCAAAAAUGUAUCGCGUAAUUGGAAAGACAAAUUGGUAUGGAGCGAUACUGCACUUGUCAGUAAAGGCCAGACUGGAUGAUAUGGUACACAUUUCCUUGUAAUAAUAAAAACCCAUGUUGACUUGUUUUGUAGACUAAACGAAAUAUGUACACAGGUGGUGGAACAUUUAGUGUCAGUGAACCUAUCCUUAGAGCUGAUCUGGACGACCUCUUCCAUUAGUGAAAGCCAAUUUCUCAUAACUGUUAUGUGAUCAACUUUUUCUCUACCAUGAAUUCUCUUGAAACGGUCUCUAUCCUCUGUAGUUUGUUGAGAGUGAUGCUGAUGAAGAGCUCCUGUUCAACAUCCCGUAAGAAAAUCCCACCCUUUAACCCCCUUUUCACCCUUUCUUAUCCUGUAAUUUUAACUUCAGACUUGUUUCAUCAUAUUGUGUUUAUGCAUUCUUUCACAAAUCAUAUUUUUCUCAGGUUCACCGGAAGUGUCAAGCUGAAAGGGAUAAUCAUAGCCGGUGAAGACGAUGAAUCGCAUCCUGCUGAAAUGAGACUGUGAGUGAGUACUGUUUCUGCCUUUCAGAAACACCUUGGGUCCUGACUGUGGGAUUGCAUUGCGCCAGUGUAGCAUGUAUCAACUCGCUCUGAGAUUUGAUAUGAUGCUUAUUACUCACAACUCAACCAGGGGUGUAUUCAUUAGUGCAAAACGGGUCACAACGGAAAAUGUCUUGCAACAAGUUUCUAUUGGACAGAUUCAGGUAGGUCCCUCUCCGUUUUGUUCCGUUUGCUUCGGUUUGCUUUCGUUUGGUUCAUGGUGAAUAGACCCCCAGCUCUGAUCCAACUGUGCAAACUGAAAGAGCAAGUAGCUAACUUAUUGCUCUGUGAGUGACAUUUGACUCACACUUCACACAGUGAGACAAGACAGCUAGUGACAAUUAGCUAGUUCCUGCUACAUCAGCAUGGAACUGGAUCUAUUUAUUGUCAGCAUGUGUGGUUUUGAGAACUAACUGUUUGUCACUGUGUGGUGUUGCAUUGUCCGUGUAGGUACAAGAACAUACCCCACAUGUCCUUUGAUGACACAGGCAGAGAACCUGAGCAAGCCUUCCGUCUCAAUAGAGAUCCACUGGCUCAGCUGGAAUACCCAACUAAGUAAGAGCAACAGAACUCUCUCUCACACACACACACACACACUAAAAGUAGUAUUGUUUUCCCAGAAAACAGUGGGGUUUGUGGUCACUGCUCACCCAUAGACUAUUUCAGAGACAAGAAAACAAAACACUUGAAAAAAAAUACAAUUUCGGUGAAAUAUGCCUAAGUACCCACCUAACCUAAAACCCACUAAACUAAUCAACCCUAAAUUACCAUUCUUUCCAGGAUUGCCCGUUUCUCCAACGUUAAUCACUUGUCCAUUCACAUAUCACGGAACUUUGGGACAGAGUCCACACGGGUCUACUACAUUGGGCUGAGAGGGGAGUACUCCCAGGUGAGAACAAAUGAGACCCACCUCAGUACAUUUUCUGAGGCUGAAUUUUUUUUCUUUGUUUCUUAUCGCUCUAUUGAUUUGCAGAAUUAUGUUUCACUUAUGUAUCAGGCUUUACUUUGACUGUUCUGUCUUGUCCAUUUGUUAAAUGGCAAAACACCUCACCUCAGUCUCAUCUGUUUUGCUUUCUUCCUCCCAGGCUCACAGACAUGAAGUAACCAUCUGCAACUACGAGGCGUCCGCUAACCCUGCAGACCAUAAAGUCGACAGCAUCAUCCCACAAACAAAUUUCAUCUCCUGAGAAAAAGGAGGGGUGGGACAGAUAUGGGUCAAAAGGAAGUGGUGAUGGAUACUCAGUUGUUACACUUAUUGUACCACAAAGAGUGGAGGCUGAAAGAAGUGAGUAAGUUUUCAUUUGGUAAAUGAAUACAUUUAAUAUCACUCACUGGUAACCCUGUGAAAAAGCAUCAAAGUGCUUUUAUCUCAAAUAUAGCUGGACACUGUGCCACCUAGUGGUUUGUUGUAAUAUUACAACUUGUCUCAGCAAAACUGGAAUGACUCCAAUAUCACCUGCAGUGGGAGAUCACUCACAUUCUUUCUCAUCCAAGCUCUGAAUGCAUAGCAAUAAUGUGACGAUGUAGACAUUUUGACACAACAAAAGUAGAUCAGCAUAAUGUUUUCAUUUGAAUGGAUUAGAUUUGUGUUGCUUACUAUACCACACUGCUUCCUUUGACACCCACGAAACACAAAAGCUGUUUAACUCAUGAUUUCAUUGCAUUAUUAAUGAGGCGAUCGGUCUGUGGCAGCCAGUGGCUGAAUGUGAUUGCUUUGUUGGAGUUGGGAAUUUGAGGAAAAUGCUGUAUGCCUAGUCUGAGAAAUAGAAAAUGCCCUAUGCUGUUGUGUGUGUGAUGUAAUUAUUUGAAGAAUAAAGAUAUGUUACAUAAGAUAAUAA